CCCCCCCUUCUAAUAAAACUCUGCAGGGUGUAGAGGAGUCUUGAAUUCACCCGAGCAAUAUCAGAGAUCGGUUUCAUCUGCUGCGUUAGUCGAGAUCGAGAUAAUCAUGCAGAAGGUCGAGAUCGUGUUACUCGGCGUCGCCGGUUUACUGGCCGUUGCCACGGCAAAUCCACAAUCUUUGGGUGACUUUAUCACGUUCAAAAAUGGCCGGUUCGGAGUAAACUUCGGUGGUUACCACGCAGAAGCUGGUUUAGGGGGACUUCUAGGCGGAGGUCGUACGGCUGGUGGCCUUGGGGCGAGCGCCGGAACGCCAGAUGGAGCCCACGCAGAAGCGGGUCUAGGAGGUCUUCUGGACGGGGGUGGAUUUACCGGUGGUAAGCUGCACGCGAGCGCCGGACUUGGUCACGGAAAUCCGGAAGCCGCUGCGGGUCUUGGGGGCGAAUUGAACGGACGUGGAAGUCUUCAGGGAGGAUUAUACGCGGGUGCGACAGCCGGUGGUGCCGAAGCAGGAGUAUCUAAAACCAUAGAGAGCAGUUCCCACGUUUCCAGCUCGUCUAGCGCCGCUGGAUUUUCUGAAUCUAUAAUCCCAGCUACUUCGAACGUGGGAGUGCACAAGAGUGUCGAUACUUACGUCUCCCAUUUUCCACCACCACCACCACCGCCGAACGUAUUCAGCAAAAGAGUCGAGACUCACGUAUACCAUCCGGCACCGGUAGCGACAAAAACAAUCCAGACUGAGACGUUCGCAGCACCCGCGAAUGUCGUCGCCGUCGAAGAAAAGCUCAAGACGAGAGUCACGCCCAAGAAGCAAAAGACUCGAGUGUCGACGGUUGUUACGAGUAGAUUCGGGCCAGAUGUCGAAACUGGUUCGGUAUCGAAUCAGAAGGCAGUUCAUCCAACGGCGAACUGGAACUUCCAGAAGUAUUUCCAGGCACAAGCACAGCCGGUCCAUUAUUCCAACGCCUUCGCCACCGGAGGUGCUUCCGCAUCGGCUGGGAUCGGGGGUCACGUAGGAGCUUAUGGGGGAGGUUACGGGGGCGCACGUUACGGGAGUAGUUACGGAACUGGAAAUUAUGGACAAAAUUUAUACUUUUUGAAGCCACAGCCCAACUCUCAGCUCUUCGACGAUAUUUUCAACAUUCCGAUCUCGACACUCACCGCGGUUAACCAGCUUCUGAGAAACAAGGCCGGAAAAUAAAAUAUCUUCGAUGCGAAAACCAAGCAGCUUAUUUUCCACAACUGAAAAAUUUCAGCGAUUCACGAGCCAUGUAAAAAAUCGCAGAAGUUAUCGGGUCAAUUUCAUUUGCGACUCGUAGGUUUAAAUACCCGACGAAACAGAUGACCCUCUUCUAUACCAUGAUAGAUAAUCCAGAAUCAAUAGAUCGGGAUAUUAUUGUUCCAUGACGUGUGUCAGGAAGGAGCUUGUGACCAUAAGAUUUGUAUAAGCGCGACUAUUUUUAAGAUUGUUGACACACAAUUUUUUAUGUAUUAUACUGAUUUACAUUUAAAGUUCUUUUGUUUACUACCUUUGAACUUAAAUGAAACAAUUUUUAUGUAA